AGUAUUUUCUCUCACAUCUCUGCAUUCUCAUGUAAAACAACAAACUAUAGAAAAGACAGUUCGUUUUCAACACUGUCUCAUAAGUGUUGCUUGUCCGUUGCUGCAGGGUAGUAAGAAAGCUGUGCAGUGACAGAUCUUUGCUGAAUGGGAUUAUCAAGAGAGGACUUCUUUAGUUAAGAGCGUAUCUACAUCAAGGUUAACAUCUUAACCAUCAUCCAAACUCCAGAUACAAGUCCACUGGGUUCAGGGCCUGCACGCUUUUAGCAACUAUGGCAAAAACCGACGGCUGAGCCUCUCGGAGACCCCCUUCAACAGAGGAGGAUGGGUGAUGGACCCGUAAAAUUCAGCAAAUUCCCUCCUCUUCAUUUCAACCUCUCAUGGAGAAUCCCAUCAGACCAAGGCCCUCCUGGAACAACGCGUCCGCAUCCACAUUCCAAAACUCUUUUCAGCCAAAUGUGUCUAAUGUAAUCAGGCAAAACGGAACUGCUGCGAAUGGGAUAGAUCUGAAUCAGACCUUGGGGCUUUGCGCUAUGCUCGUCAUGGACAUUCUAGCAAUUGUGGGGAACUUGGCUGUGAUGAUUGUGAUCACUAAAACACCACAGCUGAGGAAGUUUGCCUUUGUGUUCCACCUCUGUCUGGUGGACCUGCUGGCAGCACUGCUGGUGAUGCCUCUGGGGAUGCUGUCAGACCGUAUUCUGGAGGAUGAGGCUCUCUGCCGCAGCUACCUCUGUCUGAGUGUUUGUCUAGUGAGUGCUGCCAUCCUCACCAUCUGUGCGAUCAACGUGGAGCGGUACUACUACAUUGUCUAUCCCAUGCGUCAUGAGGUGAAGAUGACUGUUGGGGUGGUGGUAGCAGUGCUAGUUGCAAUCUGGAUUAAAGCUCUCAUCAUGUCAAUGUUGCCCUUGCUAGGAUAUCUGCUCCAAGGGACUCCCACUGUGGGGACUCCUGGAGUCCUAGUUCCCAGUCAGAGACACUGUUCCCUCCACUGGACUGGAGGAAGGACCACACGACUAAUUUUCAUGGUUUUCUUUACUGUAAUCUAUUUUCUGUGCCCUAUGCUGAUCAUUUUGGUGGUCUACUGCAAUAUGUUCAAGGUGGCCCGAGUGGCAUCCAUGCAUCGUGGUCCAAACCCCACUUGGGUAGAAACUUCGAGGCAACGCUCCGACUCUGUGAGCAGCCACUCCACCAUGGCAGCAAGCCUUGCAGGCACUGGAGCACGUGCAACUCCUCAAAGGACCUUCAGUGGCGGGAAGGCCGCAGCAGUUUUGGUGGCAGUCGGAGGUCAGUUCUUCUGCUGCUGGCUGCCAUAUUUCUCCUUUCACCUCUACUCGGCUGUCAUUUCAACCUCUCCGGCCUCCCUGAUCCAACUGGAGGACGUGGUCACAUGGAUUGGCUAUUUCUGCUUCACCUCCAACCCCUUUUUCUAUGGCUGCCUGAACCGACAGAUUCGAGAAGAGCUGGGCCGCCACCUGGCUUGUAUUUUCAAAAAGGCCGCACCAACAGAGGGAGAGCAGCUACCCAGCCGUGAAGCCUCCAUCGAGGAGAACUUUUUGCAGUUCCUUCAGGGCACUGGAUGCAAUCUGGAGCCCUGCAACUCUCACAGCAGAGUCACCCCAGAGGAGGCAGGAACUGAGGGUCUUCAGGAAUCAGCUGUUGAGCAGAACACGCCAGCUGACUUCCAUGUCCCAGGGCAGAUCCUCGAGGAAACGGCAGAGUUCAUGCAGCAUCAACGGCUAAACAAUGAGCUUUGUGUAUUGAAAAACUGCUGCAAGACUGUGCCAGAGAUAUAGCUGCCUCAUAUACUGUUUCUUGCACCAAGUAAUAACACAAUGACGAUUUUUAGUUUUAUUCAUAGUGUUUGUUAUUUAUGUGGCAACAAUUUCUUUGGGCAAUAAAUCCAGGAGACAGCAAGAUUUGGUUUAAGAGUAUGCUUUUGGUUAGAACUCUAACUCUUAAAGACUUACAGUUUGGACUUUAAUGACUGCCACUUUACGUGUUUUGGGCGUCAUAUGGUGUCAUGCAGUUUUUGCUCUGCGUCACAUAACAUUUCAUGUUUUGGUUACAGUUCAAGUGAAGUGAUGAUCUUCAUAUAAACAUGAAGAGGCUCUCAAACAUGGCUAGAAGGUAAAUCAGGGAAAGAGAUGUUUUAAAUGCUGAGUGACUGCUGUAGUUUUCAGAAAUGUGUUUUAUUUAUGAAGUGUUUAACAUCAUUAACCCUACAGAGAAACAGACUGAUAUCAGUGGUAACAGAACUAAUGCACAAAGAAAAGCACUAUUUUCAAAUGGAAAACAUUGCAUUUCUGUACUUAUUUGUUGUCCUUCAGAUCCUUUUAUUUAAAGUUUUUAAAUUUUGAAAUAAGAAGGAAACUCAUUGACAAUUAGAUCCAGUUAACUCAGAAAUAAAGAGCUAUGAAAUAACAAUUCUCAAGCUUUGUUUAAAUUAUUUUUUUAAGUACUGCUUUAAAGUAGCCUAUGCUGAAAUUAGCAAAACAUGACUUGAACAAGGAUAUAAACAAUUUUCCCUCAUAGCUCUGCUUUAAAGCUUACUCCAGAGUUGAAUGUUUUGUGUUUGUGCUCAUUAGCUAAGUUGGGGUUUAUGUCAUGCUUAGAUGGAAGUUCUGACAUUAUAUGUUAAUGGAGCAAAACAUUAGUAGCAAGGUUGCUUGGGUUCACUGUCUUCUCCUACAUCAUAGUGAGUUUGUUUUUAUCUUGCAAUUAAAUGACUGCAGAAUUUCCUUUGAGUACAGCUUAACGCAGCCCAAUAACAGUGUGAAUACCAAAGGAUUUAAACAAUUGAAUAAAAAUAGAAAACAACAUAAAAAAGCAACAUAAAAAGCAAAGCUUACCAGUUUUAAGAAAUACGUUUUUUACUGUUUUCAUCAUGAACUUAUUUUAUGUUUUUAUUUAAAAAAAAACAAGGAAUUAAACAAUGUGAAAGGCUUUAAAUAAAAGUUUUGUGUCAACGUUUUGAAACUUUUAUUAAUUAAACUUUUAUUAAUUAAACUUUUAUUUAUGAACAGGAUUGUUUCACAGCUUUGUCUGGUAUUUAUAAUAAACAGCCUGGCAGUGUAUUUUUAGUCAUUUUCCAGAAUCUUAUUAUCAUGUUUAUCUGUUCUUAGUCUUGUGAUUAUCACCUCUUCACCAAAAUGGGAAACUCGUGAUUUCAUUCCCUUCCACUCAAAGACAAACAUUGUGGCUGAUUUAGUUUGUUUAGGAGCAGCGCAGUGUAAAAGGGUUUUAGGCUCUUUCAGAGAACAGCCGCGCCAUGUUAGAAACACUACAGGAAUAAAACACCCUGUGAUGUCUGUGCUGUUUACAGGUAAACAUCAGAGCGGUGUGAGCGCUCUCGUGUUUGUGCAAUAAACAACCAGGCUUGUUGUGGCUACACAUAGCACAGAGGUGUGACAACGCUCGCACACAUGGAAAGCUUUGCCUUUGGCCUUGUUUAGCAGCAAAUGGAAGACAUUGAGACACUUUUUCUCUUUCUAGAAGAAUAGCAAAGCACUGUGCUCAAGUCACACGAGUGGAGACCAAUUUUCCCAAGAAGACAGAUAUGUUAAUUCCUAAAGUGAAGGCACCUUUCGUGCUGUUUUAUCUGUCUGUCUUAUAUGGGGUAGUCUGUAUGAUCACAAGACUCUGAACACAAGGCAAAUGGCUAAAACAAAAAAAUGGUCUCUUUGUGAGGGGGAACAAAUAACACUGUUCAUUUUCUUUCAGUUUGACCUUGUUUCAGACAUGUUUUUCUAUUUUAAAAUGUUUAUUUUUGCAAAUGAGAAUGCCAAAAGCCAAGUCUAAGCCAAGAGCACUGACAAAGACAAAUAAGAGAUGCACUCUUCGAUGUUCCUCAGUUUGUGUGUUUUCAUUUAUUAUCAGCACUUAUAAAACUGUUAAUGUUAAGACAUUAUAUAAAAUGCCUUGAUUUAUACCACCAGCGUUUGUAAACAUUAGCAGCAAAACUGCCCUGACCAGUCUGAUAAAAUGCUUUAAACUCUCCUUCUGUCAACAUUUGUCAAUUCCAAAGAUGGGGACGCUAUCUGCUAAACUGUUGGAAGUGGAUAAUUUAUUUACUUUUUAAAUGCAAUGUUGACCUCUGUAUCUCAUCCGUAAGCUGGAUGUAUUCAUUUCCCAUAGCAUUUAUGUUUUGUACUUGAGCUGAAAAGACUGUUAUUCCUCCUGUGUUCUCUCCAUCUGCUCAACUCAUUAAAGACAACGGCAAGAAUUUUAAUUUGAGUGUUGUUGCUGCAGAUAUGCGUGGACCAAUAACUACAAAUGUCCUUGUGUGUGUUUU